CUUCGUGGUACAUGGCCUGGACAUCGGCGAUUCUUAAUUAAUACUUGUCGGCUAAACUGAGGAUUUUUUGUACCCUUUUAAUUGUGUUCAAUUCUAAAGGACUCGCCACUGAAAUCUUGUGAUCCAUAACUCACCAACGAUUAGUUUGAUUUCAGAUAACGGUGCCGAAAACGGUGACGUGUUACUUGUGACGUGUCGACUGGAACAGCGGGUCGUCAACAGAGACGGAGGGACAGUGCUGGCCGGAGUUGUGGGGAGUUUAUGCUGCUGUAAUCCAUUAACCGUUCGCAGCUAGUUUCGUUGUGCAGUCUACAGUUAGACUUUAUAGACCUACUCACGAAAUGGAUGGACUAAAAGUAGUUGAAGAAAAGCUAAGAGAAUCUGCCAGUAUUGGAGAUCAAGAUGGAAUUGAGGAAUGCUUGUGCCAGGGAGCAGACAUUAAUUCUCAAAACAAAAUGAAUGGAUGGACUGCUCUUCACUGGGCCAGCAAGCGAGGGCAUCCUACUAUUGUCAACUUUCUUUUGGGGCGGGGUGCUGACCCGUCAAUAAGCAACCACAAAGGGGAACUCCCUGUUCAGAUGACGGAUAGUGAAGAAGUUAAAAAGAUGAUUGGGAACAUAUCUGGGAUCGGAACAUCUGUAACAGUAGAGAAGGAGGCCCUUCCUUUCACACCAAAUUACCUGAUGAACCCACCCUUUCCACAUGGACGAACAAGAGAUCAGAGGUCAACAAGUUACCAAGGAAACAUCAAUGGGCACCCUCCAGAGCAGACUGUACCAAUGUAUGGAGAUGAGCUAGUACUGAAAAUCAGAGAAGCAGAGUCGGCCGAGCGUGACUUCAUCGAAGUCGAACUUCCAAGAAACGCUCUCACAUUUGAGAAUCUUGUUGAACUGUGCUGCGAAGAACUCCAGGUGGAGCCCUCCAAUAUUUUGAAGAUCCGGAAGUUGCCAAACACCAUCAUCCGGAAAGAUAAGGAUGUUGUUAGGUUACAAGAUUUUCAAGAGCUUGAACUGGUUACAAAGAAGAAAACUCCAUUUGGAUCUACGCCUUACACAGUGCCUCUGCAGAAUCUACUUUAUUAAAAACCCUUUAUGGACUUCAUGUAUUGGUCGAUUUGAUCACUAGAUCUUCUCCAAUUUGGCAACAUUAAAUAUUACUUAGUUAUUUGACAAAAUUCACUGAAACCGUUUUCAGGCAAGAAAUGUUAAAUGAAGAAUGACAUCCGAUUCCCAUUUUGAGGAAUUGUGAGAAUCAGGUGCUUUGUAUUUGAUAAAUAGUAUGUAGAAAUAAUUUCUGAUUAUAUUUAUAUUUCAGGUAAUGGGGGAGUGUUUCAUGAAAUAUGUAGUCAUUGAUCAUAAUUUCCCCUUUGCUACUUAGAAUCAAUUUUAGAUAUUUGCCUGGAAAAAACGCAAAUAAAUCAAUUCAUGAAAAACUCUCUCAAGACCAGGAGAUGUUGUACAUUGUAUUUCUCCCAUAACUUACCUGGGCUAUUUUGCGAGCUUAAAUUUCUGGGGGGAUUAUGCCCCUCAAGAUCUCUGCUGUGGAUCGUGCGAUUGCAUUGAAAAAAAAUUACGAAGGUAGAGAAUGAUAAUGCAGUUGCAUAGGUAAAUUGCACUUAAUUCAUAUUAAUUGAUUUGUGAAAUCUUACUUUGUUGAUUUUGUCUAGUCUAAUUCAUUUAAGAAAGGUCCAAGAAAAUUAAUUAUUAUUGAAAAUACACUUUUUUGCGUUCAAAGC